AAAACCGCACCCUCCCUCCCGAAUUUCCAUUCACUAUCUUCCGACUCCCAGCCCAAACACAAAUGCUCCUCCGCAAACCUGCCACCCUUCUAACCCUCCUCCGCCUAUCCUUCCUACACCAACCCCAUCUCCACCGUCCAUCUCCCCAUCUCCACCGUCCACUCAACACCCAAACCCCAUCCCCAACCAAUCUCCACCCUCCAUCAUCCCACGACGACUACUUCGCAGCCGUCCAUCACAUCUCCAACAUCGUCCGUCGCGACUUCUACCUUGAACGCACCCUCCAGAAGCUCCGCAUCUCCAUCACCUCCGACAUCGUCUACCGCGUUCUCCGCUCCUGCUCCAACUCCCCAAUCCCGUCCUUCCGUUUCUUCGCGUGGGCCCGCUCCCAGCCUCGAUACGCUCCCACAGCCAUUGAAUUCGAGGAGCUGAUCCGGACCCUUGGCGGCUCCCGCCACUGGGAACACAUGUGGAAGGCCGCCGAGCAGAUGAGGUCCCUCGGCCUUCCAUUCUCACCCGACACCUUCUCCCUUGUCAUCGAAUCCUACGGCCGGCACGGUCUCGUCGACCGGGCCGUCGAGGUCUUCAAUCGAAUGCGGCACUUCGGCUGCCCGCAGACGGUCCCUGUCUACAAUUCCCUCCUCUCCGCCCUCGUCGAGGUCAAGAACUUCCAGGGAGCAUAUGCACUUAUCCGCCGGAUGGCCCGGAAGGGUGCGGCCCCUGACAAGCAGACGUUUUCAGUCCUUGUCAAUGGCUGGUGCUCUGCUGGUAAGUUCAAGGAGGCCCAGGAAUUCCUGGAGGAGAUGAGCCGGAAGGGGUUCAAUCCGCCUGUCCGUGGCCGUGACCUCCUCAUUGACGGCAUGAUCAAUGCCGGGUACCUUGAGUCGGCCAAGGAGAUGGUCCGGAAGAUGACGAAGGAAGGAUUCUUGCCCGACGUUUCCACAUUCAAUUCCUUACUGGAGGCGAUCUGUAAGUCUGGAGAGGUUAAUUUCUGCGUCGACCUCCUCCACGAUGUUAAUCGGUUAGGGCUGUGCCCAGAUAUUUCAACGUACAAGAUUAUGAUCCCCGCUGUCUCGAAGGCUGGCCGGAUCGAUGAAGCGUUCAGGCUCUUUCAUUGCUCGGUCGAGGACGGGCAGAAGCCGUUUCCAAGUCUUUAUGCCCCGAUUCUUAAAGCACUUUGUAGGAGUGGGCAGUUUGAUGAUGCAUUUAGCUUUUUCAGUGAUAUGAAGGUGCAGGGCCACCCACCAAACCGACCUGUUUACACAAUGCUGAUAAAGAUGUGUGGUCGGGGCGGGAGAUUUGUUGAGGCUGCGAAUUAUCUGGUGGAAAUGACAGAGAUGGGUUUCGCCCCAAGGGCCCAGAACUUUGACAUGGUUACGGACGGGUUGAAGCAUUGCGGGAAGCACGAGCUGGCAAAGAGGAUCGAGCAGUUGGAGAUUUCGCUUAGAGGCACUUGAUUGAUGGAACGGUUAUUGUUUUCGAGAUUGAUAUCUGCUUCAGUUACCAUCGGCGGGCCAGAACUGGGAGAUGGGUAUUCCUUGGGAAAUUGAAAGGAGUUUUAAGAUGGAGGGUGAGAAAUGCUGAGGCAAUGUGGGUGAGGAUGGUGAAGAGGUGCUUUGCAGUACAUGUGCCAACUUUGCAUAGCGAGAUCAAGAUAUUCAUCAGUUGGAAUGUUGUCCUUGACACACGGAGACUUCUUAAGUAACUCCAAUAGGAUUCUCCAUGGUGCCCUGUUCGGCAUUUGGUUUCAAAACCAUUGGUAUGCUUCUCUCUCUUUUACACAUUUUCUAUUUGCAUGGCUGUCUACAUUUUUGAAAGUACCAAAUGCUUCAAAUAGGCAGGCAUCGUUUUGGAUUUUAUUGCUGCCACUGUUAUGCUUUUCAGGUCUCCUGCUUGUUAGAUGAGCUGGUGGAGACAGCAUAGUGCUUGUGAGUGAUUCAGGGGUCAAUCCUUCGCGGUGUUACCUUUCAAAAAAAUAAAAAAAUCUGUGAUGCUUUUCGGGUUUAUGAGAAGAUGCAUACUCUUAUCCUUUGUAUGAAUAUUAUUUCCACCAUCUGCUUUUGAAAUUCUGAGAUUCUUUCCACUAAUUUAGAGCAAUAAUGAAAUAUAGAACACCCUCCGCCCAUGGAAAACCAAUGUAUUUUGGACUAGAACAUGUCUGUUGGUGUCUCUGCAUUGGUGCAGGCAUGAGGUUUCAGACAUGGCAGUCUUCAAAAACCACAGUCACGAGCAUAUCAGUACAGGUAAUUAAAAUAGUAAUAUCUUUAUAGCAGAGUGAUUAUCUAUGUGUAAAGGCCAAACCCAGAAGUCAAUUAUUAUUAUGUAAGAAUAUCCCAAAAGCAAAUGGUAAAAAAAUAAAAUAAAAUUUGAAAGGUGCUAAGAGUGUCAGACAAGCAGCCUGGACAUGUGUUGAUGUAUCACAAUGUCAAGAAGUGCUGUGUUCUCAUCACAUAGUUGAACCUGUCAUAGAGCCAGGUUCUUUGUCAUGUCUGUAUUGUCUUAUAUUCCAAUUUCAUAGUUUUCCCAGUUUGACUGCCCUUAUAUGUGCUUUAUUAUAAGCCUGGGAACACCAACAUAUAGUGGAUAGUUCACCUUAGAAAAAAACAUAUAGUGGAUGGUCUGGUCCCUUGUUCCCUCAUAAUAAGUGAUAAUACAGCUUGUGUCAUUUCAUACACUCAAAAACCUUCCCACUCCAUAACAUGGUUUGAAAUAUCUUCUGAUUUCAACCAAGUCAUUGGUUUUGGUCGGGAGUGGAAUGAGUCACUAGACAAAUAUGGGGGAUGGAAACAACCAAAACCGACUGAAACUGGUGAGUCGUACUGGUUUCAUUCCUCAGUUGAGUUGCACUCAGAAACGGCUAUUUAAAAUCAUGCUUCAUAAUGUUUCAUAGAAGAAACUGCCUAAAUUUUUUCUUUUGCGAACCUUCAACUUUUCAUUCAGAAACAUUUCCUCUAUCAGGAGGUACUUCUUUCUCUCAAACCAAUAAAAAUGUGGGGAUCGAUUGAAUAGAGAGAGGUCUGGUUGAGAUCAGGGUGGGCUUUGAUCCCGUCCCUCGUCAAAAUUCACGUUAUGGCCCAAUGAUGCAUGCUCCAAUCCCAUGUCCAUGGUUGCUUCGAUUUAGGCAUUCCAUUCUUGUGCAGUUUGCAGGUUGACAGCAGUUAAAAAGGGUUGGUCCUUCAGCACACCAAGGCAUGUAACACAUUAUAUGGUCUCCAGACAGCAGUUUGCAGCAUUGAUCAAAAUUUAUGCUUAAGGACAGUGAGAUGUGUGAGGGCUGAACGGGGUUUGGGCAGAGAUGACAAUGAGAGGGGAGAAGGGAUAAAAAACUAAGAAGUGGGAUGUGAGUGCUGCUGCUUUUUUUUAUUUUUUUUAU